CAGGCUGAUAUCGGGCUUGUUGGCACGCGGCCACAGUGACCACUCUAUCAGAGGUGGAGGUCCGGGCGCGACCUGCGUCAGAAGGACGCGGUUUGGCACGCGCUCGCGUGGGUGUGACCGCGCGGGCAACUGAAUUUAAGAAGACCCGACACCGUCCGAGAUUUUCAGGUAUCGACAGAGAACCGAAGCAAACAUGAGUCUCACCGACAACGACAUAGCCACCGUCAAGGCUAUCUGGCCCAAAAUCGCCAAGGUGGCGAAUGAAGUUGGUCCAGAAUCUCUGGCCAGGAUGCUGUGCAUCUACCCCCAGACCAAGAUCUACUUCUCCCACUGGUCAGACCUGAGCAUCCAAUCCACCAAGGUCAAGGAGCACGGUGUGGUGAUCAUGAAAGGCCUGAGCUUGGCCGUGGAGAAGAUAAACGACAUGGCCAACGGCCUGCAGGACCUCAGCCAGAAGCACGCCUUCCAGAUGAGAGUGGACCCGGCAAACUUCAGGUUGCUGUCCCAGUGCAUUCACGUGGUGCUCGCCAAGAGGUUCAAGGCAGAGUACACUCCUGAGGUUCACCUCGCCAUGGACAAGUUCCUGAGCAACGUGGCCCUGGCCAUCGCUGAGAAAUACCGUUAACACGGAGGAGCUCAGACUGAGAACAAUUACCCAAGCUCAAUUUAAAUGUUUGAGAAUGACAUAAAAUAAAUGAAGCAAAAUGCA